AUUGUGUAUUCGGGUCUAGGGUGUGAUGAGUUGAUGACCCCACAUUCCACAUUAUUGAACACUAGGCACAAGAUUUAUCAACGUUCACCCUAUUUCUGUUUUGUGUUCAUUCUUUAUUUAUAUCUGGUUGAGGUGGUUAUCCUUUGUUAUGUUUUUUAGCUGAUGUCAUUCUUCUACAUGUGUUGAUUGGCUAUUAUUAAUCUGUUGAGUCAUUAAUCAAUUGAUUUUUCUAUGAUAUUCUGUUUAUCAGGAAGGAAAAUGGCUAGCAGAAAGAAGACUUUGCUCAAGGUUAUCAUCUUGGGAGACUCUAGUGUUGGCAAGACUUCCCUCAUGAAUCAGUAUGUCAAUAGGAAGUUCUCAAACCAAUAUAAGGCUACUAUUGGGGCAGAUUUCCUAACAAAGGAACUAACUGUUGAUGACAGAACUGUAACAAUGCAAAUUUGGGAUACAGCUGGACAAGAACGAUUUCAAUCUCUAGGUGUUGCUUUCUAUAGAGGAGCUGAUUGCUGUGUUUUAGUGUUCGAUGUGACGGCGCCCAACACAUUCAAGUCUCUGGACAGCUGGCGCGACGAGUUUCUCAUCCAAGCGUCGCCGCGCGAACCCGAAAACUUCCCCUUCGUACUCCUAGGCAACAAGUUCGAUCUCGAACCGAGGGCCAUAUCCUCGAAGAGGGCGCAGCAGUGGUGCCAGUCGAAAAACAACAUCCCGUAUUUCGAAACCUCGGCCAAGGACGGCUUGAACGUCGAACAGGCGUUCAUGACGAUCGCCAAGAACGCGCUUGCGCAACAAAAUUCGGCCGUGGAUCUCUACAACGAAUUUCCGGAUCAAAUAAAACUGACGAAUACCCAGAAGAGUAACAGUAAUGGUGACAGCUGUGCUUGCUAAAUUCCAGUCGUAGCCAGCAAAUACAGGGUUAGAGACUUUGACUGGAAUAAAUUCGCUACUGUGGGUGUGAAUGAUUUUUCUGAAAAAUCACGAGACACGUGAACGUUCAAAUUGAAUUUACCUACAUUUGGUGAGCAAUAUGGAGAUCAGGGGUAGCUGGAAUCAACCCCAACAUGUUUAUUUCAAAUGAAAAGCAGGUUGAAAGAGGAAUCCAGUAUAGAUCAUAUUCCAGUUUUCAGUACGUUUGAGGGUGGUUCAAUAUAUUUUCAACGUAUUUUCAUAACAAUUUCGAAUUUUAGUAAAAGUGAUAUAGGACAUUUCAACCAGUUUGCAAUAACACUUUUUGUCGAUCUGUGAAUAUGGCGAAAAAACUAAGUUUCUAUUUGCGGCUCUAUAAAAACACUGGAAUACAACAGCCAAUAGCAGAUGCGGCAAAAAAUUGCCAUCAAUUGUUUGAGCGAUUGAUACGUUGAAAAAAAAAUUGAAUUUAAAAAUUAUAUUUCGAAUUUAUGGAACCAUUAAACGUAUGAAAACCUGCUCUCCACCAGCUUUCCAAUGAGGGGUCACAAGUUAUAGGGUUACAUUUGAAAAAUCAUGCUGAGGGUGGUUUCAGCUACUCCUGGGGGGAUAUAUUCUCCAUAUUGCUUGCGAAAGGUUGGUAAAUACAUUAAAUCGUUGACGUAUGUCGGGAAAUUUUUGAAAAAAUAAUCACCUCCCGCUAACGAAUUUAUUCCAGUUGAAGUCUCCACACUGUAUAUAUUGGAUAACUGAAAAAAAAUAUGUUCAUAGCCUGUUAAUUUAUUUCCUAGAUGUUUCUUUUUUUUUUGGAAAAUGAUACUAUUUGAUUUUACUUCUGGCUUCGAAUGUGAUAUGUUAUUUCCUAGAAAAAAUGCAGAACAUCUUUGAACAUUUUGCGUUCCAUAAAAUUUGUUGAAUUUAUUCACUGCAAUAUUUUUAACUGUAAAUAUAUUGAGAAAAAAACUGUUAUUUAUAUUAUAGUUGCCUUGAAAGUUAUUUCUAAUUUAAAAAAUAAUAUUCAUAUUAUCAUAUUAAUAAAUACAUUUAUGCUAGUGGUGUUGAGCAGGUAAUUUUGAAAACUUAAGAUAGUUUUGAAUCAUCAAUAACAGUUUCUGAAGAUCUGUAUCAUUUUAAAUUUAGUAUGAAUAUAUCCAAUUAUCACAAUUUUUAUUUUCUAUUAGUCUUGAUUAACACACGAUUUCAAAAAAUUACAAUGUUGGUGAUGAAAUAAUCAUAAAUAUACAAAACAACCAGUGACUUCAUUUUGCCUCUUGGAAGUUUUUGAUUUUAUUGAGUGUUUGUAGAUUUAAAAUUUGUAUAUUAUGGAUGAUACUAAUUAUAAUGAAAUAAAUAGUGUAUAGGUU